CGAAAAGGUAAAUGUCCUUCACCCUCUCCCAGUGGCCUAAUUUCGGCAAAAUUCGGCCGGCGGUUGCACCCUGAGCCCCGAGGGUGUCCGGGGGUGGGUUCGGGGUGGAGGCGCGGCGUGAGGCGGCCCCCUUUCUUCGGAGAGAGCUGCCCACCUUUUUGUACCUGGGCCCUGAGGCGAUGUGCGUUCGGCUGCUUCAGAAUGGAGCUGGCGGGCAGGCGAUCAUUGCAGUGCUGACUAUGGCGUGCUUAGGGUCGGCGAGGCUGUGCGCCCGCCUUGGACACAUUAGUGCGAGGAGAAAAACCCCUGGUGCCGUGGUGGACCCUCUCGUCAGGGCGGCCUUCUUCAAGACACAAGCAUGUAGCAAUAGUUCAUCGACGUCGGCGGCGGCGCCGUUGGUGCCGUCGGCCUCCAGCAUACAGCAGAGCUACACGGCCAAGAGGGCCCUGGGCACCAUGCACACCCAGCACCCUGGCUCCCUGCCCCGCGAGGACCACACCCCCGUCGACCCCUACCGCCUUCUGGAGGAUGACCUCAAGGAGGUCUACGCCGACAUGCGGCAGGAGCUCAUCAUAAACACAAAUCAAAAGUUACUCCAGACCAUUUCCACAUAUUAUUUCGACGGGCAGGGCAAGGCGUUUAGGCCGAUGCUGAACAUCCUCAUGGCCAGAGCAGUCAAUUGUCACUUGGACGUUCACAAUGGAAAACUUCUACCAGCACAAAGAAGUGUUGCAAUGAUUGCUGAGAUGAUCCACACAGCCUCUCUGGUGCACGACGAUGUGAUAGACCAGGCCGACAUGCGGCGAGGCAAGCCCAGCGCCCCCGCGCUCUGGGACCACAAGAAGGUGACGAUCGCUGGAGACUUUAUUUUGUCCGUGGCCUCCCAGAUGAUCGCCCGUCUCAGAAACCCAGAUGUUACCCAAGUCCUCAGUAUGGUGCUCACUGACCUCGUGCAGGGCGAGUUUAUGCAGUUGGGCUCAAAGGAGACUGAGAAUGAGAGGUUCGCCCACUACCUCACCAAGACCUACCGCAAAACGGCCAGUCUGACCGCCAACUCACUGAAAGCUGUUGUGAUGCUCGCCGGUGGUGACGAGUCCAUCUCAGAUGUCGCCUUUCAGUACGGCAGAAACGUUGGGUUGGCGUUCCAGCUUGUGGACGACUUAAUCGACUUCAUCAGUAACACAGAAACCCUCGGCAAACCUGCCAUGAACGACCUCAAGGCAGGCUUGGCCACUGCACCCGUCCUCUUUGCUUGUGAAAAGUACCCCGAGUUGAACCCGAUGAUCAUGCGCCGCUUCGAGGAGCCUGGAGAUGCGGAAAGGGCCUUCGAACUGGUGCACAAGUCCAACGGCCUGGAGCAGACGCGCUUCCUGGCGCGCAAGUACAACAUGGAAGCGACCCGACUGGCUAAUUCGCUGGCCGAAUCGCCAUUCCAGAAGGCGUUGGUCACCGCCGCGGACAUCAUCAUCAAUAGGAUGAAGUAGAGCCCUCUUAAGUUAUGCAGAAUCUUUUUUUUUUAUUAAUAUAUUAAUAAUAAAAGCAGAGAGAUUCGCCUCAGUUGUGUGAGAUGAAUUCGAUGAAAAUAUAUUAUAUGAUUGGGUUGAGUGCGCGGGAAAGAACGAAUUAGUGUGAUGGUAGGUCACAUGCGCUGAGCGGGGCGCCUUGUACAUAAUUAUGCAACCCUCAGGGUCCCCAUGCCCCGGCAGCAGCCUAGCAAUAUUGUAUUUUAUCCCAAAGUCUGUUAAUUAAUAUUUUUUUAGCCCUAAUGAUGAUACGAUGUGCUCACUUAGUGUUAGACAAAAAAAUAAGAAGAUAUUUGUGCCAGGCUGGUGGGAAAUUUUGUGUGAUCAACCUCAAGUGUGCAACUUUGAGUAUAAUUUUGGCAUAAGUAGCAACAUCAGCCUAGCGAUUUAUAUGAUACUUAAAUUGAUUCGGCCAGGGAAUUUGAAUUCCCUUGAAAACUUUUUUUUUCUGUACAGUACUUAACCACCAGUGACCACCAGGAUGUAAAUAGUACUCCCAGUUGUUGACUAUGAACGAUUUUAUCACUGCUGUUAUAUGCUGUUAUGUUAUUUUAUUCUGUUAAGCCCCCCAAACAACUAUAUAAGCAAUAAUGCUGAAAUUAGCCGCAACGGAGAAUUUCUUUGUAAAUGCUCUCUGUUCUGUUUUUAAGAAUUUACCUAUAUAUCAAAAGUCAGUUGAAGUGCAAUCACCGAAGAGACGCGCACAUACACACACACAUGGUUAAUAUUUGUUUGGUGAAGGAAAAUAAGGCAAUUAUAACAUGAAUAUGGUGGUUAUUAAAAUGAUCACGCCCAUUAUAUAUCUUAUUUUAUUGUGUAUCUUAAUUUUAUUCUAAAUAGGACAACAUCAUUACAAUGUGUAGAGGGUAACUUUUCUAAUAAAAUGUAUCCACAAAUUCAAAA